AUGUACGACGACAAAGUUGUCAAGAGGAAGCUUGGUGAUGAAGAGCUACUUCGUCGCCCAAAUGGCGACAUUCUUCGGCCGUUCUGGGCGAAGGAGCGAUUGCUAAACGAAGCCGCAUCGAUUCAGUUCCUUCGCGAAAACACCACCAUACCGGUGCCGACAUGCCGGCUCUACACGAUGGAUGGGCUUGUCUACCUCGAGACGAAACGGAUCACGACCGGGGUACUCCUCGAGGAAGUAGAUGCAGUCUCUCGGCCAGCCGCGGUCGCUGCCAUUGAUGACUAG